AGCGAAAGGAGGGUAUAAUUUAUUAAAGAAAAAACAACAUCAAAAGUAUGAAACCAACCAACAAUAUAAAACCAUAACUUGCUCCCUCCCCUCCUCAUCUAUUCGAUACUUCUUUCAUACUAAACCAUAUCCUUAUCACACUAAGUUUGCUUCUCUUCCUUUACGUUAAAAAAAAACUUCAACGUCUCAAUUUUUUUUUUGGGGGUGGUUUUGUGAUGCCUACAGGGGCUUAUACCGUGCACCAGACGCUAACACCAGAGGCUGCUUCAGUUUUGAAGCAAUCUCUAACCUUAGCAAGAAGAAGAGGCCAUUCUCAGGUCACUCCUCUUCACGUCGCUUCCACACUUUUAACUUCCACAAGAUCAAAUCUUUUUCGAAGGGCAUGUCUCAAAUCUCAUCCUCUCACAUCCCUUGGUCGUCACAUAGCACACCCUUCUCUCCAUUGCCGAGCUCUCGAGCUCUGUUUCAACGUUGCCCUCAACAGGCUUCCCACCAAUGGAAACCCUCUGUUUCAGACUCAGCCGUCUCUCUCCAACGCCUUGGUCGCAGCACUGAAGAGAGCACAGGCUCAUCAGAGGAGAGGGUGUGUGGAGCAGCAGCAGCAGCAGCAGAGCCAGCAAAACCAACCGUUCUUGGCGGUUAAAGUCGAGCUGGACCAGCUCGUUGUGUCGAUUCUUGAUGAUCCUAGUGUGAGCAGAGUGAUGAGAGAAGCUGGACUCUCUAGCGUGUCCGUGAAGAGUAACAUUGAAGAUGAUUCCUCUGUUGUUUCCCCUGUUUUCUACGGCUCUCCUUCCUCUGUUGGUGUAUUCUCUUCACCUUGCUCACCUACUUCUAGUGAUAACAAUCAAGGAGGAGGGACUUUAAGCCCUAACCCUAGUAAGUUCUUGAACUCUCAUCAUCACUCCUUUGAGCAGAACCUAUUUUUUCAUUUCCCUAAAGGAAAGAUCUCUACUCAAGAUCAAGCUAGAGAAGACGCAAACCCUGUCAUUGAAGUGCUUCUAGGGAAGAAGAACAGAAACAACAGGAACACAGUCAUAGUUGGAGACUCUGUGUCUCUAACAGAAGGAGUGGUUUCAAAACUCAUGGGGAGAGUUGAGAGAGGAGAAGUUCCAGAUGAUUUAAAGCAAACCCAUUUCAUCAAGUUUCAGUUUUCUCAAGUUGGGUUGAAUUAUAUGAAGAAAGAGGACAUAGAUGGACAAGUUAGAGAGCUGAAGAGGAAGAUUGAUUCUUUCACAUCUUGGGGCUGUAAAGGUGUGAUUGUAUGUCUUGGAGAUUUGCAUUGGGCAGUGUGGAGCGGUCCUAAGAGUGCAUCUUCAUCGCAUUACAGCGCAGCUGAUCAUCUAGUGGAGGAGAUAGGGAGGUUGGUUUUUGAUUAUAGCAACUCAGGAGCUAAAGUUUGGCUCUUGGGGACAGCUUCUUACCAAACAUACAUGAGAUGUCAAAUGAAGCAACCCCCACUUGAUGUUCAAUGGGCUCUUCAAGCUGUUUCAGUUCCUUUAGGAGGACUUUCACUAGCCCUCCAUGCUGCAAGUGGUGAGAGUUAUGAGAUGGCUCCUCAAGUGAUGGAGAUGAAGCCUUUUAGAGUUAAGGAAGAAGAAGAAGAGGAAGAAGAUAAACUCAAUUUUUGUGGAGAAUGUGCUUUUAACUAUGAGAAAGAAGCGAAAGCUUUUAUUUCAGCUCAACACAAAAUCUUACCUCCGUGGCUGCAACCUCACGGUGAUGCCAACAACAUUAACAAAAAGUUUCAGGAUGAAUUGAGUGGACUGAAGAAGAAAUGGAACCGGUUCUGUCAAGCUAUUCACCACAAGAAACAGAGCAGCUCUGUUUUAGAGGAGUCCACAGCCACCAUUUCCUUUGUGGACUCGCGUGCAUCUAGUUCUGUGGCUAAGUUCAGACGACAGAACUCGUGUACUAUCGAGUUUAGUUUCGGGAGUAAUCAUCAAGAAUGUCUAAAGAAGAACCUAACCGAUAAACUGAUGAGUUUAGAUGGGUUCAAGAUUAGCAAUGAUGAAGGUGUGGAAACCAAGAUUACUCUUGCACUCGGUCAUUCUCCAUUUCCAUCUGAUUUAGAGAACUCUGAUGAAGAAGAAGAAGAAGAAGAACCAGAGAGAGAUAUUACAAUGAGACAAUUAUCAGAGAAGCUUCACGAGAACAUUCCAUGGCAAAGUCAAGUUCUUCCUUCAGUCGUUGAAGCAAUGGAAGAAUCUUUAAAGAGGAGAGAUGUUUGGAUGCUGGUUUCGGGGAACGACGUGACUGCGAAAAGAAGAUUGGCUCUUACGAUCACAACUUCUCUUUUCGGGUCAGUCGAUAACAUGCUCAAGAUUAAUCUGAGAACAUCCAAGGCAAGUGAAGCUUGCGAGGAGCUGGAGAAGGCGUUGAAGGACCGAGAAGAGGUUCUUGUUUUGAUAGAGAAUGUUGAUUUAGCUGAUGAUCGGUUCAGUAAACUCCUCGUUGAUCGAUUCGAGGCUGGAGAUUUGGAUGUUUCUCAAGGGAAGAGGAGUCAAAUGAUCUUUCUUUUGACGAGAGAAGAUGAUGAAUGUGUUGAGAACGAACAUGUUGUCAUACCGAUGAUGUUGAAGUGUAAGAAAUCAAGCUCUAGUUUGGUUAGCCACAAGAGGAAACCAGAAUCUGCAGCUACUAUGAUUAAGAGGAAGAAUCCGAAAAUCCAAGAGGAUGAUGUGGCUUGCGAAACAAGCAACAUCAAGAAUGAGUUCUCAAGGCAGCUGAGCUUGGGAUCAAAUGCUCUAGACCUCAACUUAAGAGUUAAUGCCGAAGAAGAAGAAGAAGCUAAACCGGUCACUCAAAUCUCAAGCGGGUUUCAAGAACGUCUUCUCGAUUCAAUCAAGAACCAGUUUGAUUUCACAGUUUUGUCAAAUGAAGAUAUAACUGAACUUUUCACGGUUAAGAUCAAAGACUCGUGCAAGGAGAUCCUUGGGAAACAGGAAGAGAGAUUCAGGUUCACCGUCGAUGCGGAUUUGAUCGAGAAGUUAUACAAAGGGUGUGGGUUUUGUGCCAACAGUUUGUUCGAAGAGUGGGUGAAAGAGGUUUUUCAAACGAGCUUAGAAACGGUUAAUAACGGCGGGAAAGAGGGCAUAAGUGUAAUUAACCUAUGUUUGGAAGGUAUAGAUAUGAUUGACCAAAGGGAGGUAUACGAGGAAGGAUUCAAGGGCACUUGUCUACCCAGUAGAAUCCAAGUUUUCUUUAAUGGUUAGAUUUGGUUUUAAUUCCUGUUUUUAAUUUCUAUUCAUAACCAUAUGUACUAGAUACUAGAAAAUAUUACAUUCAAGGUCACUUUCUCAAAAUAAAUAACAUUCUAAGUCACAUUACGCUACUCAGACACUUUCUCACACUUUUUCUUGUUCUUUACACAGCUGUCCACAUAUAAAAUCUCCUUAUUAUCCUUCUUCUUUCUAUCAUAUACCUAAAAAAUAUAAUUUGACUUAAGCUUCGUCUUCAUCAUUCGAUUUCCAGAUUUAUUUUUUUCUUUGGUUUGGAUCUUCACCGUAUAAUUGAAGAAAACUUGUACUUGAUCUUUGUUUAAGCAAAAAAAAUUUGAAAAGACAGUUUUUUUCUGAGAAGCCGGUGGCAAGAACUUCAAGCGGUCCGGAGAAGAUUCAAAGCUUCAGAACUUGAAGCUGAUUUCCUUUUGAAAUAAUAAUACUCUGCGGACAUGAACUCGGCUGCAAGUAGAUAUGCCGAUGAAGAAUCUAUGAUAAGUAGAAGAGAUAAUAACUGGUUUGGCUGUUGCAUUAAACAAAAAAUUGGUUUGGCUAACGCUAGUAAUUCUCGAUCUCAAGAACAGAUGCUUCACUUCUGGUGUUUGCGGCUAACGGCUUCGGUGUGGACGGUGUCGUUGGUGGUGGUGCACGGCUCCGGUUCAGUUUCAUUGACUGAUAUUUAACACAACACUCCGGUGGUGCAAGCACAUCUCUUCUAUCGGUGUUAUGAGACUAGCUUAGAAGUUUCAUGGAAUUGGAAUCUUCCUAAAGUCAAAGAAGAAGGCAAGAAAUCUAAGUUUAGCUUAGGAACGGCUUAUCCUAAACUCGGUUCCCACAUAUUGGAAGACACUAAAAUCCCUACCAAGAGCAAUGAGUUAGUAAUUGAGCUUCUUUUGUGGUGUGAGCCUGCAUUUUGACAGGUUUCAUCGAGGAUUUAAAGGUGUGAUCUUUUUUUCUUUGUUUGACUCACCUUGUACUUUUUUCUUAUGUUUUUUUCACACUUACAGCAGAGAAAAUGCAGUUACAGCGAAGAAAAGGUCAAAUUCAACUUGUUUUGGAUUUCUCUCAAAUUAUUUAUGUAUUAUAAUUUUUGACUUUUCCAGGUUAUCAUUCAGAUUAACUUUGGUUAAGAAUAUUGUGUAUCAACAGUUUUAUAUUUCUGUAUUACAUGACUUUCUCCCAUUUUCAGUUUUCAAUUUAUGUACAUCACAAGUAUCCACAUGUACGCAUUCUUUGUAUCCACAUGGCUAGCUUACUUUUUUGCAUGUUAGUAAGUUCAGUGUUAUUGUCUGAAGUGUUGUACGUGUGACCUCUUUGGGCAGGUCUUGCUGCUGAUUUAUAUUGCAGUGCCUAAAAAGAGUAAUGAUAUUCAUAUGAGUGUUUGAAGAUGUUAAUUGCUUGGAAAUGGAAUGUCUUUCAAGACUCGGACACCAUCACCCUCUGGUCUGCUAUCUAUUUGUCCGCUCAUGGGCUGUCUACUUCUCUACAGUCUGAGCUUUCAGCUUCACCACCAACUCUGAUAUAAUUUAGUUUCAGCUCUGUUUUUAAUGUUAAUCUGAUAUUAAGUGUAGUUUUCAAGUGGAUAUGUCUAAUCAUAUCUGUUAUUUGAUUUAUUAGUAUGUGAUUCUAGUGAACAGCUUUAGAGAUUUCAGUGGGUUAUUACUUCUAUGGUGUUAAUUAUAUUACUCAUGUUUCGAAAUU